AUCGCAGUCGGCUACCUGUUAUUCUGUUGACAUGAGAUUAAAACUCACUGUAGAUUUCUAAACGCCUUGCGUGAACUGCCUUUCUAAAAUAACUUUAGGAGUCAAAGCGAGGGGGUCUCUGACGUGGGGGGCUUGCCCUCUAAAUAAACUUUGGAGCGCGUGGAGUGGAGAGAGAAAGAGACACGACACCGGGCUGAAGUCAUCAGAGAGCAAGCCGAAGUGAGUGAAUGGGUACUGCACGCGAAGCAGAAAAGAGCUGAAACUAUAGCGGAGAUUCGUUCGAGUUUCGUUUCGAAGGCAAUAGCAGGCGUGCAUCAACAAAACACACAUUUCCAAACCCAUCGAAACUUGGCACUCUGUAUGACACUUAAAUGUCCUGCUGUGUUGGCCUUCGAGUUUUAGUGUUGGCUUCUUAGUUAGAUGCUGAGAUGACGCGAUGACCUCUUCCUCGCAGGGCACAAUAAAGUAGCCCUCACACCUGGACGCCCGGAGUACCUUCACACGGAAUCGGUGUGGACCACUGAAGAGGACAAAUUAAAUUUUUUUUAUCACUAUGUCAGUUCCAUUUCUGCUCUGCGUUUUUCCUUAGUUCCGUGCCGGUGGAGGAUAAAAAUAACGGGUAAUGUUGUGGGAAUACGUUCUAUCACAGUGGAUACCUGCUUUGGUCGAGCAUUGUGGCACGUAUGAGGAUUCUAUCCAGAAUGUUACUGUCUGAGCGGCCCAGGUACCAUUGGGCCAUUGUACAUCACAUAUCUCUCACUUCUGCACAAGGGUGCAGGAGAUUCAGCUCAUUCUAGGAAUUAUACCCCAAUCUCCCUCUGAAAAACACCGGAUUUUAAAUAAAAAAAUCGCGGACAUUGACAUUGGCGUAUCAUCUCCGGGUUACUAUGCAAUUACAACUGCUCUCCAUUGUGUUAAUCUUGCACUGCAUAGAAUACACUGGUUGUCAGCAACACACCUCCAGGCACCGGCAACAUAAACUGUUACCGGGGGUUUGCCAGGGCGGCUGUUUGACCUGCUCUGAUUACAAUGGCUGCCUGUCCUGCAAGCCUCGCUUCUUCAUCUUCCUGGAGAGGAAUGGGAUGAGGCAGAUCGGAGUGUGUCUGCUCUCUUGUCCCAGUGGCUUCUACGGCACACGCUCACCUGACAGGAACAUAUGCACCAAGUGUGGGCCCGAGUGUGAUUCCUGCUUCAACAAGAACUUUUGCAUGCGCUGUCGAGCAGGCUACUAUCUGCACCAGGGGAAAUGCCAGGAGAACUGUCCAGAAGGACUGUUCCGCAGUGACACACAAAGGGAGUGUGUUUCCAGUUGUCCUGCAGAGUGUGACACGUGCGUGAACAGUGACACCUGUACCAGAUGCAGGUCCAGCUUUUACUUACAGCAGGGUCAGUGCAACCAAGUCUGUCCUGAGGGGUUUGAGCCUAAUGACAAACUAAUGGAGUGCACCCAUCAAGUGCAUUGUGAGAUGAGUGAAUGGAGCGAAUGGAGCCCUUGCUCCAACUCUGGGAGAACCUGUGGAUUUAAAUGGGGGGAGGAAACAAGGACCAGGAAGGUCAUCCUACACCCCUCCCACUUAGGCCAACCCUGCCCUCCCAUCUCUGAGACAAAAGAAUGCAUCGUCAAAAAGAGAAGAUGUCCAGGAGACAAGAGAAAGGGAGAGCGGCGGGGAGAGAGAAGGAACCGGAACAACAGGAGAGACAAAGAAGGCCGGAGAGAGAGGAAAAAAGAGAAAGAGCAAGAACGUGAAAGGGACACGGGUGAUCGAGAGGACUCUGAAAAAAGGAACAAGACAGAGCACAGGCGCCGGCGAGGCCAGAACAUAGACCCUGUUUCUCCCAGCCCAGCACAGUAGCAAGCGCUCUGAGGCCCAGUCUCCUUCUAUCUCCACCUCCUCUGCCCCCCUCUUUCUCCCCUCUCGCCCCCCUCAACCCCCUUCUGGAGGGGUGCUGCUGCUACCUGUAUAAUUUAACUAUAAUACUGUAUAUGCACAAGAGAGACGGGGCACAUGGUACUAGGGCCACUACUGACUUUGAGGAUACACACACAAACACACAACUCAACAACUACCCUAACACAAACACAGACAUACACACACAUACACAAUGCAAAGGAAGGAAGGGUAUCUCCUAUUUCUGUUUCUUUGUAGUUCAAACAGCGACAAAUUUUGUGUCUUGUUUCUAAUGUAUGUUUGUGACAUUAAUUAGAAUUGUUGUUGUGGUUGUUGCUGUUCUUUAGAUGUCAUUGUGUUUUUUUUUUUUUUGCUGAGUAAAUUAAAAGUGAACUUUCCUACAGAGAGAGAAGAAAUGCGGAUACUGCAUGCAGAUAUGAGGCAAAUAGACUCACGUUUAUUUUGAUUCCGAGAACACUCAUCCUAGCUUACAUGGCCAUGUUUAUUAUGUGUCUCCUAAACAAAGUACUAGUUUGCCUAUCAGUGUGAGCAGGAUCUGUGCUUUCAAUAAACCCACCUAAACAGAACUCAAAAGUACCUGUAUGUCCAAUAAACUAUAAUGGGUUUGCAAAAGUCUGUGUGUUUCUUGU